AUGAAAGAUGAAGAACUUAGAAUUUCUCAGUUAAUGCCAAAGGUAGAAGGAACAGACCAAAAAGUUCAAGACGUUAAGCCUAAGAGAAUUAACAAAAAAGGUGUUCAAUUUUCAUUUGUAACACCAAGUACAACACAUAAAAUGUAUAGUAUUAUUUUUGUUGUAUUAGCAGCCAUUUCAAUUGUGUUAGUUCCAAUUAUUUCAAACACAAACAAUCCUGUAACAAAUCUUAGUCAAUAUCUUUCAUUAUUUGAAAGAAAUGUAGAAGGACUUCAAGAAAAAUAUUAUGUUGAUUCUAUUAAAAAGAACCUUCAUAUGGAAACCAGUGAAAGUGUAAAAGAAGAAGAUUAUGAUGCUGAUAUUGUUAAGAAUGGUAUUCAAAAUAUGUAUUAUCUUAGUCAACUUGGAAAAAAUAUAUCAAAAGAAGAUGUUAUGAAAUUAUAUGAUGGAUAUGGAUUUAUAGAAGAUCUUGAAAAGAUUAUUGAAGAAUUAGAACCUGAAGUUGAUGAAUUUGGACAAGAUGAUAGUUCUAAUGAUGAAGAAAAAGAGAUUAUUGAAAAGCAAAAACCACAAAGUAUUUUAGCUACUUAUUAUGCACAUGAAAUUUUAAAAGCAAAUAAUGAAUUUGAAAAAUAUAAGCAAACUGAACAGUAUUUAAAUACAAUUAAAUUUGUAUUGACUAUGCAAAAUAAUGAAACUGGAAUUAUUUUUGAUAGUAAAGAAAGAUAUAGUGAUAUGGAAAUUCUUUAUUUUGCUGCAAGCCUUCUUGAAGAUGCUAAAAAUGUUGAACAAUAUAAAGAAGCAGUUAAUAAUGCAAUUAAUAAAUUAAAAGAAUUUUUAAAUAAACUUCAACUUCUUGAUGGAACAUUUGAUGAUUCAUUAAGACAAGUAAAUUCAUCAUGUGUUGGUACUGAAUAUGCAUAUCUCAUUAUGAAAAAACUUGAUGUGCCAAUUCAAAAGAGUACCAUGCAAUAUAUUAUGAAAUGUAAUAGUGUUUAUGGACCAUUAUAUUCUCUUGAUAGUAAUUAUGUUAGUAUUGAAAGUGCAUUAUUAAUUUCAGAAAUUUUAAAAACUCUCCCUCAUGAAGUCCAAAUAGAAAAAGUUGAGGUCGUUGAUUAUUGUAUAGGUGCUGCUAUUAUUUUUGGUGGAUUUGCUAUUUCUUCAUUAUUUAUUGAUACAUUCCCAAGUUCAUAUAUUCAAGAAUAUUUUGUUUCAGUUAUAAUUUUCAUUAUUUGUGGUAUUAUUUCUAUUGCAUUUAUGGAUCUUACUUUACUUCCAUUCUUAGUAUUCCCAAUUGUUAUAAUGGGAUAUACUCAUUACGCUAAAUGGAUUGGUCCAUUUAUUAAAGACGAAUAUUUCUCAACAAUUUCAAUGGUUCCAGCUCUUUUUGGACUUACUUUUUAUAUUCUAAUCCAAAAAUUCUCUCUUUCAUUCUUCAUUUCAAUGAAAUUUAUUCCAAUUAUGUGGAUUAUUUAUAUUAUUGGUAGUUAUUUUGCAGUCCCACUUUGUAAUAAUUUCUUUAGUAAACAAAAACAUGGAAUCAAUUAUUAUGUAGCUGCAAAUGGAAUUGGUUUUUCUAUGAUGAUUGUUUGUAUGUUUGUCACUGUUUCUUUAAGCAAAAAUAGAGUUUACAUAUUAAAUUCUAUUAAUGUCUCUGGGUAUAAUUUCAUUUUAUUUGUUGCUUAUCCUGCUAUUGGAUAUAUUCUUUCAAUGAUUGCUUGUGGAUUCUCUAUUCCAAAAGUUUCACUUGCUUCUCUUGCAAAAGAAAAGAAAAAGGAUUAA